UACACGUAUUUCAGUACAUUGCCUCUACCUGUUCCUAGAACCAUGAAAAUGGCAGAGCAGACGUCUACCUCUAAAACAGAUAUUUAUUAGAGUAAUGCGUCAUUUGUUCGAACGAAGCUGCUAUUUCACCCUGCCGCAAAGCUGUGUGCCGUAUUACAGUCGGCGUUGUUGUGAGGAGCUGCACUGGAACAAGGAUGUGGAUAUUCAAGUUCAAUAUUUUCAUAUUUUUACUGCUUUUCGUGGCACAGUAUAAUGUAUUUGCUCUUCAGGAUGUAACGGCCGACCUCUUCGGUGCCGAAAAUUAUGGGACGGUGGCAGCGUUUGGAGAUUUUUACGCGGAUAAGCAGACAGACAUCUUCCUUAUCAGAGAGCAAUCUGAACUGGUGAUAUUACUGGCUGACUCCAAAACACCUUACUUCAAGCCCAAACUCAACAUCACAAAGGAAUUUUUCCCAAGUAACACUGUCAUCACUGGUGUGGUUCCUGGGGACUAUGAUGGAGACUCUCAGAUGGAUGUCCUUCUUACAACUCAGAUCCAGAGCGCCGCUGCGACCACUGUUUUCAUCUUUUGGGGGAACAACCAGACAUUAGAUAAGAGUGGAUUGCUCAUGCUGAACAAGACCUUUCUGGAUCAACCCCUUGUCAUGGAUUUCAAUGGGGACAUGAUCCCAGACAUUUUUGGCAUCACCAGCUCCCAACUCACUGAAGUGUGCUAUCUCACCACCAGGAGUCCAGAGUGGCAGACUGCACUGAGUUCACCUGUCAGCAUGCGCAUCCCUCACUCUAAUGCUUUCAUUGACCUCAACAAGGACUUCACUGCUGAUUUGUUCCUCACAACUGAUGGGCCCAAGUUUGAGACCUGGAUCAGCAAGGAUGGAAAGUUCAUCAGAGUUAAUGAUGUCAUGCCAGCAGACCCACCUUCAGCCAAGACUGUCGGACAAUCCUCCUUCGUCGACUUUGAUGGUGAUGGCUACCAGGACCACCUCCUCCCUGUGUGCGCGGACGCCGCCUGUCAAAGCAGUGCCAUCUACCUGGCCAAGUCAGGCUCAAAAGAGUGGGUGCCAGUGCUGUCAGAUUUCAAGUGGAAGGAGACGGUUUGGAGCUUUGUGCCAGGGAAACCCAGCCAACCCCUGGCCCUGCACUUUGGGGACUACAACCUGGACGGCUUCCCUGAUGCCCUGGUUGUCCUCCGCAACACCAGCGGCAGCGGUCAGCAGGCCUUCCUGUUGGAGAACGUGCCCUGUAAUGUCCCCAGUUGCCAUAGCAUUGGAAGGAUGUUUCACAUCCACUGGGACCAAUCAGAUUUGGGAGCCAUCCAAAAUGCCGUCAUGGCAACAUUUUUUGACAUCUAUGAGGACGGUAUAUUAGACAUGCUGGUUCUAAGCCAGGCAGAGGGCAAAAAUGACUUGAUCAUCCACGCUUUGAAGAACAAUUUUGAAGCUGAUGCCUACUUCGUUAAAGUGAUGGUGCUCAGCGGCCUCUCAGAAGAUGUCAAGCCUUUCGGUGUUAACCAGCCAGGUCCUUAUGUCAUGUACACCACAACGGACGCCAACGGCUACCUGAAAAACGCCUCAGCCGGUCAGCUGAGCCAGUCAGCCCACUUCUCCCUCCAGCUGCCCUACAAUGUGCUAGGCCUCGGACGCAGCGCCAACUUCCUGGACCACCUUUUCGUCGGCAUCCCCCGGCAGCCUGGAGAGACGGAAAUAAGAAAGCAGGAGUGGACGGCCAUCAUCCCCAACUCUCAGCUCAUCGUCAUCCCCUUCCCGCACAAUCAGCCCCGCAGUUGGAGCGCUAAGUUGUACCUGACUCCUAGCAACAGCGUGCUGCUGACGGCCAUCGCACUGAUCGGAGUGUGCGUUUUCAUCCUCGUCAUUAUUGGCAUCCUCCACUGGCAAGAGAAGAAAGCGGACGACCGAGAGAAGAGGCAGGAAGCCCAUCGUUUCCAUUUCGAUGCCAUGUGAAGGAAGAAAACCGCACAGUGGGAGAUCAUCCUCUUCUGCGCUCCUCCUCCUCACCCUCCUCCUUCCCACACACAUUUUCACUCAGUCUUCUUUCAAGGGCCAAUAAAUGAAUCCUCAUUUGCCCCAAAACGUUUCUUUUUGAUAUUUUUCAGUCCUUCAGUCAUUUGUGAAAUAUUUAUGUUCCUUUUCAUUUAUUCAUUCCAGUGAUAGAUGUACAGGAGCUGCGACAAGGCCAUGGAGACGCACAGAAAUCCUAACGGAGAUCACUCACAAGUUUAAAGCAGGGAUUUCUUUGGAGUGGCUGUAGUGAGCAGCAUGAUCAUCAGUGCUGUUAUUAGAGGAUCAUUUUGACAAAAUGACUCAGAUUUCUGUUGAAACGCCCAACAAGUUACUCCAAUAUCAUAAGCUGUUUGUUUACUCACUGGAAGGGAAGCACCUUUGGCACCGAGUGUUAAAAUGUGUCAUGUUACUUGAAAUCCAUGUGUGUGUGUUACUGUUCAUUGUCUUUGUCUAACUGACUCGCCUCUGUCUGUUUCAUUUGACUGAGAUAUCGUCAAGAAAUUCUUCAGAUUUUAUUACCUGUGAAAUUAAACUGAAUAGUAUUCGGUGAUAUCAAUCUCAGCCGUGCAACUGCAGCAGCAGCCGCCGGUGCAAAGUGAACAAAGACGGACACACGCAACAUAAUGAUUCUGCGGAACAUUUUUCUGCUACCAAUCUCACCAAAAAUGAUGAAUUGCCUUCAGGUCUUCUGAGUGCAAAUUCAUCUUUUUCUCAGUUGAUUGUAUCACAGUGCAUCGUGGGAGUGCCAAAAAAAGAGUUUCUGUGUUGCAUCCUGCAAAUUUCUAAUGGUACAGCAUCAAAAGUCUGAAAAAUAGUCUAAAAACUGUUUGAUUUUAAACUGCUGAAUGAAGGCACCGUUAACUCCAGCUCAUUUUCAAAUGUUUUAAUUUACAUUGUCAUUUUAAAAACUAAUCGGGCCAAGCUCUUUGGUGAAUUCCGAUAUUUAUUUCACAAGAAUAAGAUCAUGCCUUUCCAAGUUGUCUGCACUUUUUAACUCAUGAUUAACUCUGGAUGUGUGUAUUUAUUAUGUUUUGUAAAUUUGAUUUGCAAAUGAAUGUUCAAGCUACUAAAUGUGUUUACUUACUGAAGUUCAGAAUAAAGAUGUGCUUGCUUAAAUCA